CACAUCAAGAGAAAGACGAAGACGUCGCUAACCACUUUUGUUUUUUUUUCAUAUAGUCAACUCCUGCAAAUUAAAUUCCCUUUGUUUAAUAAAAAAAAAUACAUACCUUUACAAUUAGUCAACUUGUGAAUAAGUUGGCGUGUCAUAUGCUGGACAAGAUGGCAGCAACCAAAGUCAAGACUCGAACUUUAUUUCCUGACCGGCGGCCACAGAAGCCACCACCACAUUUGUCGAAGCCAACCAAGACACGGCGUUUCUCCAACCAAGCUCUUCGUAUUCCAAGUUAAAGAAUCAUAAAUCAGCUUUGGAAGCCUUAAGAAAGCUCCUGCAACACUUGGAGUUUGGGAUUAAAUGGCAAAUGAGAGUACUGCUGUGGCUGAUACAUUGUUGCCCUUAAUUCCUGUAUCCCCAAAUUUGAAGAUAUCUGAGAGCUACCCUCAGUGGAAAGAUCAGAUCACAUUUAGAGGAUUGGCUGUGAGUGCUCUGCUGGGGACUGUGUUCUGCAUCUUGGUGCAUAGGCUCAGCCUAGCAACUGGGAUGGUUCCUACUCUGAAUAUAGCUGCUGCAUUGCUUGGUUUUUUCAUUAUUAAAUUGUGGACUGUUAUUCUAACCAAGUUCGGUUUUUCUAGUGCCCCCUUCACUAGACAAGAGAACACUAUUAUCCAAACUUGUAUUGUUGCUUGCUAUGGCCUUGCCACUAGUGGCGGAUUUGGCACAUAUUUGCUUGCCAUGGAUGAGAGAAUAUAUCAACUAAUAGGUGUUGGUUACUCUGGUAAUCGACCGGAGGACGUUAAGAAUCCAGGUCUGGGAUGGAUGAUUGGUUUCUUAUUUGUUGUAAGUUUUCUUGGGAUUUUUAGUCUUGUUGCGCUACGCAAAGUUAUGAUCAUAGAUUAUAAGCUUACUUAUCCUAGUGGAACUGCUACAGCAAUGUUGAUCAAUAGCUUUCACACGAGUACAGGAUCACAACUUGCAGAGAAACAAGUGAGUUUUCUAGGCAGAUAUUUGACUUUGAGUUUCUGUUGGAGCUGCUUCAAGUGGUUCUUCAGUGGUUUUGAGGAUACAUGUGGAUUUGAUCAUUUCCCAAGCUUUGGCUUGACACUUUUCGAUCGUUCAUUCUAUUUCGACUUCAGCCUUAGUUUUGUUGGAUGUGGUCUCAUCUGUCCUCGCAUAGUAAACUGCUCUAUUCUUUUAGGUGCAAUCAUAUUUCAGGGAAUUCUAUUACCAUUCAUUUCCAAGUAUUCUGGAGAUUGGUAUCCUGCUGAUCUCCAUAGUGGUGAUCUUAAAGGUCUGGGUGGAUACAAGGUUCUCCUGUCGAUUUCACUUAUUCUCGGGGAUGGCCUGUACAAUUUGAUCAAGAUAAUAGCAAUUACUCUGAAGAAAAUUCACAAUGGCACUGCGCAGGAUGACCUUCCUAUCUAUGAGAACUCUAAACAAAAUAUGGAAGAUGAGCUAAGAAAAGAGAUAUUCCUCAAAGAGAAAAUUCCCUUUUGGAAUGCAGCUGGUGGAUUCAUAAUUGUGGCUGCAGUUUCAGCAGUGACAUUACCAAUCAUCUUUCCACCACUUAAGUGGUAUGUAGUUCUCAUCUCCUGCAUAAUAGCACCCAUCCUUGCUUUCUGCAACUCCUAUGGCACUGGGCUCACUGACAUGAGCAUGCUCUCCACCUAUGGAAAAAUCGGCAUCUUCGUCAUUGCUUCUUUUGUUGGAAGCAAUGGCGGAGUAAUAGCUGGAUUGGCAGCCUGUGGUGUAAUUGUAACCAGUGCCUCAACUGCAGCUGAUCUCAUGCAAGAUCUCAGGACAGGUUAUCUUACUGUGUCUUCUCCAAAGGCUAUGUUUGUGAGUCAAUUAGCAGGCACAGCAAUUGGUUGUGUUGUUGCCCCAUUAACCUUCUGGUUGUUUUGGACAGCUUUUGAUGUUGGCUCCCCUCAUGGACCUUACAGUGCUCCAUAUGCAAUUCUAUUCAGACAAAUGGCCAUCCUUGGAAUUGAGGGAUUCUCUGAGCUGCCUAAAUACUCCCUAUGUAUAUUCUGCAGUUUCUUUAUCUUGGCUCUGGUUAUGAACAUUCUGAGAGAUGCAACUCCCUUGAAAAUAUUCAGAUAUAUUCCAAUUCCAGUGGCAAUGUCCAUCCCAAUUUUUGUAGGAGCUAACUUUGCCAUUGACAUGUUUGUUGGGACAUUGAUAGCAUAUUUCUGGGAAAGAAGAAAUAAGAAGGAUUCAGAGGAUUAUGCAGGCGCAGUUGCUUCUGGGUUGAUAUGUGGUGAUGGACUGUGGACAAUUCCAUCAGCUAUCCUCUCAAUUUUCAGGAUCAAUCCACCUAUUUGCGUGGCUUUUAGGCCUUCUUUGGGUAGCUGAACUGGGAAGUUUUGUUGUCAACAGUCCAUUAUGAAGCACUGUAAAUACUUUUACAAAAUUAGAGUGUUACUAUUUUACAUUGUUUAUAUUUUCAUAAAAUAACAGCAUUAUAAAAAUAAAAUAUAUAAUUUUCAAAGAAUUUUAAUUUAAAACACUCUAUUUAAAAUAGAAUAAUCGUAAAAUAUAAUUGAACACAAAAAUUAAAUGAAGUAUGACAAUUAGGUUUUUGGAUUUUCAAAAUAUUUAAUAUUUAACUUUUAUUUCCAAAUUGUUCAAGUAAAAUGUUUUACAUUUUAUAAAAUUAAACUAAACAGUUUUGUUUUAUAAAAUACAUGCCCAGUAAUUUAGAAUAGAAUCCACCGCCCUGUUCCUUCUCCCCGUUGGGCUGCGCCACUUCUUCUGCUGAACAUGGUAUCUCUCUGAUCCCAAAUGGAAGAAGCUAGAUUUAUAUGUUCUCACUGUAGCCCUCCCAAUUACUUCUUUCUCUGAACUAUCUUCUUUUUAUCUUUUGCCGGUCACCCUGCUUACCGUUUCUCAUUCAUGCAUCAAUCCUUGGUCCUUUUUCUCUGCUGGGUGUGUUGCUUUUGAGAUUAGCUUUGACCCAUUAACCCUUAAUGAUAACUUCUUGUUUGUAUUAACGGGGCUUGCGUUCUUCCUAGAGUAUUCAGUUACUGGGAAGGGAUUUCUGGUGUUGUUGGUGGAGGUGUUUAGGGUUCAUGUUGUGAACUUGUGAUUUGACGAUUAUUUGUAUUUGUGGUGGUUGUUGCUGUUUCUAUUUGGCUAUUAGGCCGGGUGCCUUUAUCAUGGAAUUUUGGUUUUUUGGUGGGUUGGUUUUUGCAAGCUGGAUUGUGCUUGUAUACUGACGUUUUUUCCUUUAACGGGUGUCGUAAAAUACUGAUUUCGCCAGAAAGUGAAAAUGCCGAGUUGAAGUGUGAUCUUGAAGAGGAUGGGUCGAGGGGUGUGGCAUUGGUUAAUUUGUAAUUUAUUGGGCAUGCAACUGGGGUCCUGCUUGUUAGCUUUGACCAUUUAUGUUUUUAGCUCCACUUGUAUAAGCAUGGAUUCUAGUUUGCAAAGUGAGGGAAAUAAAAAAAAAGAAAUGUGUUGACCAAAUUUUAGAGGGUAACUGAGUCUUGACCUAUCGAUGUACAAAAAAUUGUAAUUCAUAUAAUUGCAGUCUUAACAUGGGCUUGUGUAGAUUAAUCAGAAUCAGCCAAAUAUGAAAAUCAUGAUUGUAUUAUCAGUUUGUGACUAUUGCCGAAUGUAGCUGGAAUGUAUGGCUGUAUGCAGAAGGUGUACGUGGCCAAUGUCUUCUUAUGGCUUUUGUCUUAGUUUCUUAACCAUGUUCCAGAAUAUAGAACGCCUAAAUGCCCCAGUUUCUUCUUUUCAUUGGAAAAUAUGUUUUGCUUCAUGUUAUAAUUAUGAAGAGAGAAUGCUGUCUGAUCCUAAGAAAUCAACUGGAUGAACCUAACCACAGAUUCAUUAUACAUCAGGUCCUACUUUUAUGCUAGUUUAUAUUAUGGUAGUGUUCUACUUGACUUUUAUUUGCUAAUACUGAUUGUAAGAGAUAAUUGAAGAUGUUAUCUCGUUUGAUUGACCAAGAUCAGAAGAUUGGUAAUAUUGGGACUCCUCUGCAGGUAAACGUCCUAUUCUUAAGGUUUAUGAUGGGGUUUACUCCAACAUAUUAUAACAGAUUGAACGGCAUGUUUUCCUUUACUCCAACAUAUUAUAACAGAUUGAACAACAUAUAUUUUUGCAUUUACUGCCAUAAGUAAAGGCUUGCAGUAGUAGUCAUGGAAAAUAUUGAUGUCCACAAGUGGCAAAAUAUUGCAUUUGCAUUUCUUAGUUGCAAACAAACUUCUAAAUAUAGAAUAUAAAUUAUUCUAGUUUAGUAUAUUUCAUUGGAGAAGAGAACUUUGGGAUUUUCAACCAUCGUCUCCGAAAAUGCCCAAAUCCUCGUAUUUUAAUUCGAAAACGAAUUUGCUUGAUCUUUUUGGCGAACUCACGGCAUCUUUGUUUAAGCAUUGCAGAUCUUGGGAACCUUACCUGUUUUUGAACUUGUUUGCUUCCUACAUUUUCUAGAAGGAAAACAAAGCAUGAAUAAUGUAUUUACCCUCUUGUGGAUGAGAUUGAUAUACAAACAAGUUAUUGAAUUCUUAAACAUCAUGUUACUACAAUUUCUCUAAAGAGAUGGAUGAUAGAAUGACUGGUUGGUGGGUUAUUUCUUAAUUCUGUAUCCGUCAAUAUGGACAUUUGGUGCUGCCAGAUAAGAGAAUUUGUCAUUUUUAUUUUCUUAAGUUCUUUUCUAAGUUGUCCUUAUAAAUGUAAAUGAGCUGGAAACGUACCUUUAACCCUUUUAACAUCUUUAUCUUGUUCCUGUUUUUCCUUAUGCAGGACCUGCAAGUCACAAUAAGAGAAUUAGUCUUGCCGCCUGUUAGUUCAUGCUCUUAUUGAAGGAUAGGGCAAUAGGAUACCAAAAGAAACAAACCCCCCAUUGGUGGUCAAAUCUUCUAAAGGUUCCCCUUGCAGUUCUGGUGGAGGAAUGGGAGACCAGGUGCAAGGUGGUGCUUUGGCCCAUUUUUCUGAACUUCCCACAUCCACAAGUUCCUGUUGUAAAAUGAAAAUGGAGAAAAAGCUGGGAACUUAAAAUUAUAGCUUGCACGGAAGAAAUUUGUGUCAUCACCUUUUCAGGGUCUGGAACAGAAACAUAUAAAUUAUCAUAACAAUUGAAUGUGGAGAUUUGAUAGUUUGUGUGACAUCAGGUAAUGGAAAAAAUUGAAUUUGAACUGAAGUACAGUUAUCUACCAUUAGGAUCAUUAUUAUAUUUGUUCUAUACAAAUCAAAUUGUCUGGAGAAGGAACAUAGUUUUUUUUUUUUUUUUUUUUUUAAAUUAUGCUUGAAAUUCUUGAAAUCACAUUGAAUAUAACAUGGAUUAGUUAGUCUAAAAGCUUUUAGAGGCGUUUGGCUAUCCAAUGAAAGGACUUGAAUGUUUUUGUCUUCGUUUAAUAGAAAUGUAGCUCAAAUGUUCUCAAUAACAAGUGUUGCUAUUGACCUGAGUUGAUUUCAGCUAAUUUUUUAAAUUCUUACAUUCAGUUUUCUUGAAUAGCCGGAGUGGAUGUCCCUUCUUCCAGCUCUUUUGAUGAUGAUAAUUGGACGAGCAAGAGGAGAGUCAUUUGAAGGACAUCCUCAUUGAACUACAAUUGUCUGCUUGAGCAAUGGGGCAGGUGAAGGCUGUUUACUGGCUGUGAUUACACUUUUGUUUUAUACUGUUGGUCUUUUAGUAUUAGUUCUUAAUCGAGGAUUAUCACGUACACCCUUUAUCUCUUGUCGAGUGUACAGACAAGCUGUUCUUGAUUAACUUUGUCAUUAUGUCAAUUAAUUUUCCAUUUUAUCUAUAUAGUCAAGAUAUUUAAUUUCUGUUC